AUGCGGCUCUCGCCGGUGCUUCUUCUGCUGCUCUGCUGCGGUGUUCCGCUCGCGGUGGCGCAGGCAGGAGCCGGGGAGUGCGAACGGGGUGCCGGCGACGAACUGAUCUGGGAGUAUGAUGUCAGGAGACCUCACCGAAUCGGCGGCUACCAAGAAGUAGAAGCGGACUACGGCCCGACCGACGCGACAAUCACGUGCAUCAGGUUCAACUCGUUGUCCGACGAGGACAAUGGCGGCGCGUGGGUCACCUUCGGCGGGGUCGGCCACAAUUUCGUCAAACUGAAGUUCAGGUCGAAGUACUCGCGAGGACUGCGCUACCGGGUCUUCGUCUACGGACAGCCCACCCUGAGAAGAGGCAAGCUAAGACUACCCUGA